GUAUAACGGUCUUCGGUCUCGGAUGCUGCAGCUCAUAUGUAAAUUCCGCAGUAGCCAAAGCUCAAACCCAGUGCGAUCACUCCAGCUGAAACUCCUUUACCACUAGACCAAAGCAACUUGGUUUGCAUGCAUAAAUCGACAUCUAUAAAUAACAUGACACACCUCCUCUUUAGUAUCAUACAUCAUUUAUAACAAACCAUAUAUACUAUACACUCAUGGCUAAGGUCAUUAUCUUCCUCGCCGUCCAAAUCCUCCUCCUCACCAUUGUUUCUUCCACCGGAGACGACGGAGAAAACUUCGCAAGAACCAUAGAUCGGAAACUUCUCGGUCUCCAUAGGAAAGAGAAGCUAACCCAUUUCAAAGUUUACUGGCAUGACAUCUUAAGUGGUCCAAACCCAAGCUCCAUCAUGAUCCAGCCACCGAUUACAAACUCUACUUACUUCGGAGGAAUCAAUAUGAUCGACAACGCCUUGACGGCGAAAGUUACGAGGAACUCCACGUUACUUGGCCAGGCCCAAGGGUUUUACGCAGGAGCGGCCCAAAAGGAGUUGGGUUUUCUAAUGGCCAUGAACUUUGCUUUUAAGAGAGGGAAGUAUAAUGGAAGCACGAUCACGAUUCUUGGUCGGAACACAGCCAUGUCGGAAGUCAGAGAAAUGCCGAUCGUAGGAGGAAGUGGGCUUUUCCGAUUUGCUAGAGGCUAUGUAGAGGCUCGAACAAAGUGGGUUGAUCUGAAGACCCUCGAUGCUACUGUUGAGUAUAGUUGUUAUGUUCUGCACUAUUGAUGUUAAUGAUGUUUUUGUCGUAGUUAUUUAUCCCUUAUAGUCUGUGUGGUGGAUUUAUGGUAGUAGUUCCGACGUUGGUUAAAUUAAUGAUACUGAUAACGGUUCUUGUUU